UGCGACGGCUCGCCGCGCUGCGCGGUUGCCGCCGUUCAUUUUCCCGUCGUCAUCAGCCGCCUCGGUGCUGUCGAGACUGUUUUUGUUUCUCCUCGUGCCGUCAACAAAGGAGACGGCCGCAUUGGUUCAGCGGCUGCUAAAGCUGCUGCUGCUGCUGCUGCUAGGGCUGGGAAUCUACGAGCGAAAGCAAUGACCGACGAUGGUGCGUGGGAUGCGAUUUUUCUCAGGCUCUUCGUCCUCUUCUCCGUGAUUACUACAGGGCAGCUGCAGGCCCAGACCCCAGCGCCAUCUCCUACUGCCUCGCUACCAGUGGUAUCUGAUUCUGAAGUGUGCGCCCGAAGCUACCCUGGGCAGCAGGGGUACCCACUCGGGAGGACAGCCCACAUCACCGCAAAGUUGGGCCUAAACACCUUCGCAGCCAACUUCGGCAACCCUAAUCCGUGCGUGGUCCAGUGCCGGACGACGUCGGGUAAUGUCUGGACGGCGGCCAAGCCUUGGGGCACGCCCUGCAUCUUGCAUGGAGAGCAGCGGUACUGCGGGGCCAACGCAUGCGUACUGAAGAACGACUCGUACAUCGAGUACUGCCGUCAGAACUUCCAGACGGAAAACGCCGUUAUUGCGUUGACUCCGUACAUGUGCACACUCGAGUGUAUUGACACUGCCACUGGAAUUGUCCUCAAGGUGAAGAUGACGGACGGCAGCCCGUGCCAGGCUAAUACUGGCCGGGGCUACGAGACGGGUUUCUGCUACAGCGGCGCCUGCACUGUCGCCGUGGUGCCCUAUGUGCGACGGCUCCUCCCGGGUUACAACAGGCUCGGCCUGCUGUUCGGAUGACGACACCGCCUCCGCGACUUGGUGUUUCUCCAGACGUGUCAGCUCGAGUUUCUUCUCCGUGGACUGCAUGUUGUCAGCGAGAAAAAAAAAGGAAGAAAAAAAAAACGACAUCGUGUCGUGAUGCGUUUGCGUUACUCGCUUGCUUCGUGCGUAGCCGUACUGUAGCCGUGCUUUCCAGCCCGGCCUGACACUCGAUGACCUAGCAAAAGGACACGCAGCUUGGAAGCGUAUCCUAGUGGCACCGCUCGAAGUAUGACGCCACUGGUUCGCUAAACCACGACGUAUGCACGCUCACAACCUAGCCUUAUUGUUAUUGAAUGUCAGGGGUGUACGAUCACGUGAGUGGUCAGCGGCUGCAUUUUAGAGUCGCGGUGGUUUUUUCCGGUCACAGCGAGCAAUGUGAACACACUGUCUCCUGCAAAGGCAUGCGUGUUCUCUGUCUUUCAUGCAGAAUGAAGCAUGUCGCGAUCGGGUGCCUCAUGGCAGGAAAACUUUCAUUCGCUCUCAAGUUGUAGUUUGACAUCAUUUAGUGAGCCUCCUUUUUCCGUUUCCUACGUAUUUUGGACGUGAAUAUAUAUUCUGUAUCUUACGGCGUCCUCGACCUAACAUUCCAUGUCAUGUAUAUGAAUUUUUCGGUGACAGAUAGGGAGCCAUCAGUACUCUGUUAUUCUCAGGUUGUUUUUCUUCCAAGGGCCGACCGAGCCCAUUUUUCGCUUGUGCUUGGACAAUCAGACGAGAUCUGGCGUAUUUCUCGGCAUGGCAAAUUAUCUUCUGGAAAACCGUACAAAUGUGAGUGCAAGCAAAUAGUAUUGCACAAAGAAUACCGAAACAUAGCAGAGGCUUUCUUUUCUUCUCAUAUGUCGCUGAUCUCCAGUCGGGACUUGUUUUGAAUCUGUUUAGCAAUGUUACAUCGGCUGCUACUUGUGUACACAUCGAAGCUGCCAGUCCACCUGCUCCCGCCAAAAGCAUUCGACAUGACCAUCACAAAAACCAGAGUAUCUCUCAAAUGAAUAAGCUGCUCCUCUGUAGGAAUGGUUGAAUAAAGCACGUUUCCUGCUUCAAA